UUCUUUCUUCUCUUCGCUUCUUGUGUCAUAAUCCGGCCUGCGUAAGCUGACACGCCGAUCUCUUUCCUUUUCCCCUUUUAAAUUGUCGAUUUUUCUGUGAUCCCCAAUAGCGUCAUCCAAUUAGCUAGAUCGGGGGUGGAAGAAAAGGAGGCUGUAAAGAAGUAUGGCGACUCUCCGGCUCGCUGCCGCUGUCGCAGCCUUAUUGGCGGUGCUGAUGAGGCCAGCGUCGGGACGCUUCGUGGUGGAGAAGGAGAGCAUCACGGUGAUCGCUCCAGAGUCGAUCAAGGGGCGGCACGACGCCUCCAUCGCCAACUUCGGUGUGCCUAACUAUGGCGGCACGUUGACCGGCGUCGUCAUCUACCCCGACCGUGAACAGAACGGCUGUAUCGCCUUCGACGGCGACCCGUUCAGGUCCAAGUCCAAGCGCCCAGUGAUUCUUCUCGUCGAUCGCGGAGUCUGUUACUUCGCUUUGAAGGCAUACAACGGGCAGCAGGCCGGGGCUGCUGCAGUCCUCGUCGCCGACUCGGUAGAUGAACCUCUUCUAACCAUGGCCGCCCCUGAUGAAGACAACGAAAACAGCUACGUCGAAAAGAUCAACAUCCCCUCCGCCCUCAUCACGCUAUCCUUCGGCAACAAGCUCAAGGAUGCUUUGGCCAAGGGUGGCAGCGAGGAGGUGGUGGUCAAGUUGGACUGGAGAGAGUCGAUGCCUCACCCCGACGAGCGGGUCGAGUACGAGUUUUGGACGAACAGCAACGACGAGUGCGGCGAUCGAUGCGACGAACAGGUGAAGUUCGUUCGCGACUUCAAGGGCAACGCUCAGAUUCUCGAGAAGGGAGGGUUCACCCUGUUCACCCCUCACUACAUCACUUGGUUCUGCCCUGACGCCUUCAAAACCAGCAGGGAGUGCAAGACACAAUGCAUUAACAAUGGCAGGUACUGCGCCCCGGACCCCGAGCAUGACUUCGAUGAGGGCUACGAUGGCAAAGACAUUGUCGUCGAGAACUUGAGGCAGCUCUGCGUUCAUCGGGUCGCGAAUGAGAGCGGGCGGCCGUGGGUCUGGUGGGACUUCGUGACGGAUUACCAUGUGAGGUGUUCGAUGAAGGAGAAGAAGUUCAGCAAGGAAUGUGCCGAGGCUGUUGUCACCUCACUUGGAUUGAGUUUGGACAAGGUUUCAAAGUGCAUGGGAGAUCCUGAAGCCGAUGCUGAGAACGAAGUCCUCAGCAUCGAGCAAGACCUUCAGGUCGGCAAUGGAAGUCGUGGAGAUAUUACUAUCCUGCCUACCUUAAUGAUAAACAACAUCCAGUAUCGAGGAAAAUUAGAGAGGACUGCUGUGCUGAAAGCAAUCUGUGCAGGAUUUAAAGAGUCUACCGAGCCUUAUGUUUGCUUGAACUCAGAUAUUGAGACAAAUGAGUGCCUCACUUCCAAUGGAGGCUGCUGGCAGGACACACAACUGAACAUCACUGCUUGCAAAGAUACUUUUAGAGGCAGAAUUUGCCAGUGCCCUGUGGUAAACAAUGUUCAAUUCAGUGGAAAUGGUUAUGAUUCUUGUACAGCUGUAGGUCCUGGAAGAUGUGCAUUUGACAAUGGGGGCUGCUGGAAUGUUACCAGGGAUAACCAGAAAUUCUCAGCUUGCUCAGAUUCUCAACUGACUGGCUGCCGCUGUCCAAAUGGAUUCUCUGGCGAUGGCCACAAUUGCCAAGAUAUAGACGAAUGCACGGAGAAGCUUGCUUGUACCUGCCCUGAAUGCUCAUGCAAGAACACAUGGGGAGGAUAUGACUGCAAGUGCAGAGGCAACCUUGUGUACAUAAAGUCCGAGGACACAUGCAUCGCCAAGAAUGCCUCAAAGUUCACCUUGUUUGUAACACUCUUUGUGCUAGCAAUUGUGAUCAGUGCUGCAAUAGCAGCCUAUGUAUUCUACAAAUACAGGCUCAGGUCUUACAUGGAUUCUGAGAUCAUGGCGAUCAUGUCACAGUACAUGCCCCUCGACAACCACCACAAUGAGGCCCAACCCUUGAGAGAAGAUACAACAAUUUAAGAAGGCUAGAGUUUGCAUGGUUGUGCCUUAAUUCUUCUUGUUUGAUCCACAGGAUUAGAUUCAAUGUACAUUCACAGGUUAGAAACUAUUCUUGAUCAUACGGUAAACGGUCAAAGGAACUUGGAUUGCU